ACAACCCUUCAGUUCUCAUCUCUCUGCUCUAUACCAUGCUCCCCAUGUCGCCUCCCGCUGUGCUUCUGCUGCCUCUGCUGCUGCUUCGUGCGUGUGCGUUGGGACGGCACCUCCACCGAGCCCAACUCGGCCGAGCGAGUUCCGUUCGGAAAGUGACUGAGACCAUUGUUGGAAAUUACCACGGCGGUGACUCUUAAAAGAGAGCGGAGGAUAAUAGAAUGGAGGUGGGGGUGGGGGGAGCUCCUUGUUUAGCUUGUCAUACUAUACGAACACUCGUGUGAAGUGGCUUUUGUUUAGCACGGGAUAAUUAUCAGAAAUACACACACACACUGGUCACUCUUGUGAAUGUGCUUUAUAUAACAAUGUGGGCUAGUGGGGAGCCUUAUAGAAGGAAGAAGGCACCUUUACAUCCUGUGCCAUGCAAAAGUGGUCUUUAAGAGUGACUUAUUCAGGCCUCAAGCUGGUAUGUGUAGCGCUUAUUAAAAGACUCAAGUAUACGUGGGUAUUGUGCACAUUCAUUUGUUUGUGGCCGGCCGCUAAUCUUGUGCUUAGUUUCGUGGUGUGUGGGGGGGGGGGGUAAAGAUCCACUACACUGCAGAACCCCAUUGAAACGUGCGCCAAUUUGGAGUUUUCUGUAGCUGAUGGUUGUAAUGCAAAUACGGGGUGGGGUUGCAGGCAGAGAGGCAAAUGUCAUUUAAAUUAAGGAUGCUUUUUUCUAUUUUUCCCGCCCUUCUGUUUUCCCUCAGUUUCUAAUCCCAAGGCAUUGUGGUUUAUCGGUCAGGUAAACAGGGAUGGAAGUCUGUAAUUAAAAUCAGACCCCCCCCCCCCCCCAUUCCUAGAACCCACCCGUUGAGAGAAAUCGGGAGUCGAACUCUGUUGGUUUGUGGGUGGUCGUAGUGGACGGGUGGAUGGUGUUUGGCGAGUGGUGGUGGUAGGGAAAUAUUGUGGAAUGGUAACGAAUAAUAAUAAUAAUGAGGAGAAAAAAUGUUCAACAAAGGCAGACACCCAUUGAGACGAACCACACCGCAGAAAGCACACGAUGCCGCCUGGUAGGCCGCUGCUGAUGCUUCUGCUCGUAGCCCUUUGCUUCCCGGCCGAGAGCGAAAGCGGCAGGAGGCCGCCACCGCCUCCGGGCGCCACGAGCGAUGACGGCGACGCGCUGGCCCGAGGGCGCGCCACGCCGCCGCACGGCCUCACGCGGCACGUCGAGGGCCAGCUGCUCGGCAUGUUCGGGCUGCAGAGGCGGCCUCGCCCGGGGCCCGGCGCCGUGGUGCCACCGUACAUGCUGCAGCUGUACCGGGCCCUGCACGGGGCCCACAGUGGGGCCCGUGACGUGGGACGGCCCCUGGACCGUUUGGUGGCGCGGCCCGCGAGCCAGGCCAACACCGUGCGCAGCUUCCAUCACGACGAGUCCGCGGAGCACGUGCCGGCCGACUCGGGCGACAGCACGGCACGGCGGCUGCUGUUCAACGUCAGCAGCAUCCCCGACGGCGAGGUGAUCACCUCGGCGGAGCUGCACGUCUACCGCGAGCGCCUGAGCAGCCCCGCGAGCGCCGGCCUCCACCGCAUCAACGUGUACGAGGUGCUGCGGCCCGCGGCCGCCGACGGGACGCCCAUCGCCCGCCUCCUGGACACGCGGGUGGUGCACUCCGGCCGCAGCGAGUGGGAGCGCUUUGACGUGAGCCCCGCCGCGGUGCGCUGGGCCGCCACGAAAGAGCCCAACCACGGCCUGCUGGUGGAGGUGCAGCACCUUGACGGAGGCACGCCCGAGAAGAGGCGGCACGUGCGCAUCGGCAGGUCGCUGCACGCCGAGGCGGUGGCGGCGGCCGCCCGGGACGGCGCCAGCGAAGGGGGCGACGGAGGGGAGGGCUGGCCGCAGCUCAGGCCUCUGCUGGUGACGUUCGGCCACGACGGGAAAACGAGGGACGAGGGGACGCUGCUGAGGCCGCGCCCCAAGCGCAACUCGCGGCCCAACAAGGGAGGCCGUAGGGGUCGAGGGCAGUGCGCCCGCUACCCUCUGUACGUGGACUUCAGCGACGUGGGCUGGAACGACUGGAUCGUCGCGCCGCCAGGAUACAACGCCUUUUUCUGCCAGGGCGAGUGCCACUUCCCGCUGCCGCAGCACCUCAACUCCACGAACCACGCGAUCGUGCAGACGCUCGUCAACUCGGUGAAUCCCGAGGUGCCGCGCGCGUGCUGCAUCCCCACGGAGCUGACGCCGAUCGCGCUGCUGUACCUGGACGAGUACGAGAAGGUGGUGCUCAAGAAUUACCAGGACAUGGUGGUGGAGGGCUGCGGGUGCCGCUAGCGAGUGCCGCGGUGACUCUGCAAGCGGCCGUCGUCGCUGGUGGUAGAACUUUCUUCUGUGUUCAAGUGCCUUUGCCCUUCGCGCCAGCCGUGGGGCUUUUACGAACGGUGUGUGUGUGUAUAUAAUCGCCGGUUCAGGAGCGGGAAACUGGUGUCAAUAGGUGCCGAAAGUACCGGUUAGCUCCGGCCCGGAGCAGAGAGGGUGUGGUACGUGCCGACCUGUACACGUGUGGUGCACGUACGCACGCACGCUCGCACGAAGCGCGAGGUUUACGUACGGAUGCGUGUACGGUAUCCACAUACAAUAAAAAAAAUUGCACAUAUAUAAAUAUGAUAAUAUAUAGACCUUAAGAGCUGUUUCAUCACAAAGUGGAAGUUUUUCCUUGUCUGCGGCAGCACCGCUUAUGAAAAGCACAAAAGGAUAUUCGACCGUGCAUAUCGGUGCUUGAAAGAAUCCUAAAAAGCAACUACGAUACCACGAAAUGUGUAGCUGCGUGUCUCUAUAUAAUGUCAACAGGAAAAGCCAUUCAAUUGGCAAUAACUUCUCAUCUGUGGCCUUGUUCCAAGGUGGACUGUACUCAUUUCUCGUAAACAGUGUCGGAUCAUGGAAAGCAAAUAUAUAUAGAAUAUAUGUUAUUGUCUGUGUCUACUGUUGGAAGCCGAAUGACAAAUAUGUUGAUAGUGAACGUAUCAGCGGAUUUGUUAUUAAAACUGUACAGCUAAUGUAAAAAAGAGAGAAACGUGAGUUGUAAAUAGCUAAAUUGUUAUACAAUAACUUUGAAUAUUUAUUAUUGUUAUAAUCGAUGCUUAGAACAUAGACGUUUGUAUUUAUAGUACAUGUUUAAAGAGGAAAGGAAAAAAGCAGUCUGAACGUGAUAUAUGCCCGUAAGCUAUGGUUUAGUUCUACUGUAUUUAAGUAAUCUAUAUAUGAAAAAGGUAUUCACAACUCUUCUGGACGGCGUAAAUAUUGUGUAAAUAGCACGUGAAAGGCAUCGCGGCAGUCUGACAAAUGUGCCGCUUCCUUCGUGACCCCUGCUUCUUUGCCCUUAAUUUAUAUGGUGUAAGUAGCAGCACGUGGUUUGCUGCGAUUGCACGGAUUGGUGCCUGGAUCCAGAGUACUUACAGUGUGCGGUGUUUCCAUUCUUUUGAAAGUCAUUUGACAUUUUCAAGGACAGAGAACAAUACAGUUUGAUUAGAAAAAAAAAA